AUGGUUGCAAGGAAUCGGAAGACUGGUUCCAAGGAAUCGGAAGACUGGUUCCAAGGAAUCGGAAACUGGUUCCAAGGAAUCGGAAGACUGUUCCGGGAAAUCGGAAGACUGGUUCCAAGGAAUCGGAAGACUGCUAUUCCAAGGAAUCAGAAGACUGUUGUUCCAAGGAAUCGGAAGACUGUUCCAAGGAAUCGGAAGACUGUUCCAAGGAAUCGAAGACUGUUCCAAGGAAUCGGAAGACUGUUUCAAGGAAUCGAAGACUGUUUCAAGGAAUCGGAAGACUGUUCCAAGGAAUCCGAAGACUGUUCCUAG